AUGCAGAUCACAGUGUGCGAAGAUGCCUCCACGCUAAGCAGAGGAGCUUGGAGCUCCUGCUGGGUGUGCUGGUCCUGGAGCCUCCGCGCUUUGCAAAUGAAGCCGCUCGCAGGGACCUCGCUGGGAGAGGGGGAAGAGGAGGCGCAGGGACUCGCCCAGGGGUACCGACACCGGCGGCAGCGGCAGAGGAUGAGCUGCCGACCCAGCCCCUCUCCUCGGAGGGAGCAGCAGGCAGAGCUGGCUGGGCUCCCCGUGUCUCCAGAUGAAGGGAGGAUGAGCAGUCCCCAGGGGCACCCAGACGGGGUUUUGGCUGGGAGCGAGCACAGCGUGGAGCAUGUCAGUGAGGUGCCAGGCACGGACAGGCAGGAGCUGUCUGCGCGCACCAGGGACAGUGGUAGGACCGAGGAAGAUGCAGAAACCCCAGAGGAGCCGCUGCUGAGUUUCCCCAGCGAACUCUCAGUGCUGGAGAGACUAGGCUUGCACAAGGCAGCUUUGACGGAGCAGGACUUGGAGGCAGCCUUUGCCCACCUCGCCCUGGCUUUUCGCUGCGACCUGUUCACCCUGCGGCAACGGGUACAGGUGGAGAAACGAGCGCGGGAUGCGGCAGAGGAAAACAUCCAGGAAGAGCUGGGGCAGUGUCGGGCUGCCCUGGAGAGGCUGGGACCAUCCUGCACCGACACGGGCUGCAAGGAGGCACUGGAGCAGCUGCAGCGCAGCCUGGCUGUGCUGGCAGCUGCCGUCGAGCGGGCAACCAGCGCCGCGGAGAAGCUGGGGGCCGUACAUCAGGAGGCCCGGAUGAGCCGAGCGGCAGAGGUGAUGGUCCAGCACGUGGAGAACCUAAAGCGGCACCACAUGCGGGAACACGCGGAGCUGGAGGAGAUGAAGCGCCUGAUCCAGCAAAACUCCCGCAACCGGCAGCUGGCGGAGACCCAGGAUGACACGGAGCCACGGCUGAAGCCUCACCCCCUGAUGAGAACUUUCCAGCAGGGGUCUGCCCGCCGCAGAGUCAGCAUCGCCGUCAUCCCUAAGCAACUCUUGCCAGGUGCCAGCCCCGACAGCCGAGUGGUCCCGGCCAGCGAGCUGGAGAGGGAGGGGUCCCAGCGCCGGCCCAGCACCCAGAGGAGCGAGCUGGACCCGCAGGGCCAGGGCAGUGCCAUGACCAGGGAACCGGUGGCUGAGGCAGAUGGCAGAGGCUCAAGUGCAGGGGACGAGGAGCUGGAGCAGCUUCAGCUGACGUCCAAGGGGUCCCCGGCGGAGCUGUGGCGGCCGUGGCUCUUCCUCCCGCAGCACUACUGGGUUUUCUUCUGGCUGCUUCUCCUGAGCAUUGCCUUCCUCCUCCUCAUCCGCGUCCUGGAGCUGCAGCGGCUGCAGCCUGUGGCACCGCCCAAGGCCUAGCCGGAGCACGGAGGGGGGGGUGGCCGGGAGGCACCCGCUCUCCAUCACUGUUCCUCCCCCACGGCAGGAAACACCAAAAUCCUAGAAUAAUAAAA